GAAUGGAUAAACUUUAAAGAUAAAACAUACUCCCUUUUUUGUUGACAAUAUAUAUGACAACGAUUAUUAUAUAUAUAAAAGCCCUUGAAUCUAAACAAAACAAUAAUAAUUUGAUAACUAAUUUAAGAGUUUCUUCUCUGUCGCUUUGGUUAUACGAAGUAAAAUUCUUGCGUGAGCAAGAGAGGCAGAUCGCAGAUGGUAGUAAAUAUCAAGAGUGAUCCUUCAACGAUGAUCAUGAGUCGUGACUCGUGACUUCAUUGUCUACUUUGAUAGCAAUAAAAUAUAAUUUAAUGAAACUUUAUAAUAUUCUAUGGUUUAUUCAAAGGACUUGAUUGUUUCUGAGAUUAGGGGCAAGAACGUGGGUGCUCUAGAUAGGUGAUUCCAUCUCUCAUUCGACUUCAAGGUGCCAAAAUGACAGUAUCUGUCACACAACCUUUUCUCUUUGUGUUUGGGUUUCUGUAUAAGCAUUAAAGCUACAACUUUUAUUGAUCAGCUAGAGGCCAAAGUUGUGUUUUUUAUUUCAGGUUUAUCUUAAUGGGGUUUCUACUCUAGCAAAGUAAUAUUUUAUGUGCUCACAUCAUACCUUCCAUGUUUUGAAAAUGAUUUCCACUUUUUAGACUUUAUUCAUGUUUUCAGUCUUUUGCAUAUUUCUGUCCAGUUGAAUUUGUCUAGUUGUCCAUCAACAUUGACUUUGUAAUGUAACUUUGUGAUCAUUACCUCAUAACACGUCCAGAUUCGGAUUUUGACGGCUUCAUUCUUGUCCAUUCUUUAUUCCCUAUAUGGCCUUGAGACAGAUAUUGCUAGUAUCUCAUUUGCUUGAAAGAAAGAUAAGCCACCACUGACUGGAAUCGUUGCAGAACAUCUUACGCAGAGCUGAAUCUAACGUUAUAGAGGCUUCAAGUCAGCUUACUAUUUCAGAAAUAAAUGGACUACUUUUUCAGAAAUUCGUAUCUGGAAACCAAGUCCGUUCUUCGCCAGGUUCCUAAGAAGGCCGGAUCUGAUCUAGCGUCUCCUUCUCAUGCACUGAACAUUGCGAUAGCUAUUAGUGGGAGCACCAAAAGCAAGAAUGUGGUUAAGUGGGCGCUCGAAAAGUUUUCUUCUGACAAAAACCUCGUGUUCAAGCUGAUUCAUGUCCAUCCAAAGAUUACUUCUGUACCUACACCUUCGGGAAGGACAGUCUCUAUCUCUGAGGCACCAGAAGAUGUGGCGGCUACUUAUAGACGACAAGUGAUGGAGAAGACAAAAGAAACUCUUCUUAAACCUUACAAGAAGAUGUGUGAGCGGAAAAAGGUUGCUGUAGAACUUCAAGUGCUUGAAUCAAAUAGUGUGGCAGUUGCGAUAACCAGAGAGGUUAAUCAGCACCUGAUAAGCAGGCUUGUGAUUGGAGGCUCGUCUCAUGUUGGAUUGGACGGGAAUCGUGAUGUUACCGCGAAAAUAUCAGCCUAUGUGUCAGAACUUUGUACAGUUUAUGUUGUCUCAAAAAGUGUCUACAUUCUUUCGAAAAAUAAAUCAUCGUCAGAUGGCGAGAUCAAUGAAACUAUAAGAGAUUCCCGUAGUGAGAGAGCUGACACAUCUAGCUACUCUUCUAGUUCAGGACAUAUCUCAGCUGCGCUGAAAUCCAAAUCUCUUGUUCUUUCCAAUACGAGAUUACAACAUCUCCCGACAAUAGCAAGAGGGGUUUCUGUUCGUAUGGAAACCAGUUCUGUUGACUCAUAUGAAACUAAAAGUAUGUUUUCCGAUCAAGUUAGCAAGAGAAGUAGCCCUGAAACAUCGCGUACCGUUACUUGGAAUCCUCCUCGAAGUUAUAUGUCAAGCAACGAAAAUGUUAAUCAAGGUGAUGAUUAUUUCACAGAUAACCAGGACACACUCCACGAAAUUAGAAAGUUGAAAGAUGAACUUAGACAGGCUCAAGAAAUGUAUGCAAUGGCUCAAGUAGAAACCUUGGAUGCUUCUCUCAAGCUGAAUGAGCUUGAAUUUGAAGAGCUAAAGCUUAAGGAGAACGGAACAAAGGGGUUAGAAGAAAAGGAAACACAGAAGUUUGAGCAGAUGAGAAGGGAAACGAGAGAGGUCGUACAGAAAAGAGAAGCCAGAGAGAAGGAGGAUAAGCUUAAAGAAAGGUCCCUUGUGGCUCCCAAGCUGCAAUACCAAGAGUUCACUUGGGAAGAAAUCAAAACCGCAACUUCAUCAUUCUCUGAAGAUCUAAAAAUUGGAAAUGGAGCUUAUGGGGCUGUUUACAAAUGCAAACUCCGUCAUACAUUUGCCGCGGUCAAAGUUUUGCAUUCCGCUGAAAGUAAUCUUUCCAAGCAAUUCGAUCAAGAGAUUGAAAUAUUGAGCAAGAUCAGGCAUCCACACUUGGUUCUCCUUCUAGGCGCUUGUCCAGAGCACGGAGCCCUAGUCUAUGAAUACAUGGAAAAUGGUAGCUUGGAAGAUAGACUGUAUCAAGUCAACAAAAGUCAACCAAUCCCGUGGUUCGUCCGGUUCAGGAUAGCUUGGGAAGUCGCAUCAGCACUCAUUUUCCUCCACAAAUCAAAGCCGACACCAAUCAUCCACCGUGAUCUCAAACCAGCCAACAUCUUGCUUGAUCAGAACUUUCUCAGCAAAGUAGGAGACGUGGGAAUCUCCACAAUGCUCCAAGUCGACCCUUUAUUAACACAAUUCACAAUGUACAAACAGACAAGUCCCGUGGGAACACUAUGCUAUAUCGAUCCUGAAUAUCAACGAAGCGGGAUGUUAUCUUUCAAAUCAGACGUCUAUGCGUUUGGAAUGAUCAUUCUCCAGCUUCUUACCGCUCUUCCGGUCUUAGCACUAACGUAUAAAGUAGAAACAGCAAUGGGGAAGAAUGACGAGUUUAUACAGAUUCUUGAUAAAAAGGCCGGUGACUGGCCGAUGGAAGAAACCCGUAAGUUAGCCGCUUUGGCCCUCUCCUGUACAGAGAUCCGUGCUAAAGACAGGCCUGAUCUUGAAACUCACAUUCUUCCAGCAUUAGAGAGCCUUAAGAAUGUAGCUGUAAAAUCAAGAAACUUGAUUUCCUCUGCGCCGAAUCAACCUCCAAGCCAUUUCCUCUGCCCAUUACUUAAGGAGGUGAUGAGUGAUCCAUGUGUUGCGGCUGAUGGCUAUACUUAUGACCGAAGAGCCAUAGAGGAAUGGAUGGAGGACCACUGUACCUCGCCGGUGACUAACUUGCCGUUACAAAACAUUAAUCUUUUGCCCAAUCACAGUGUUUGUGCAGCCAUUGGCGAAUGGAGACAUAAAAACCAGUAA